AUGCCGCUCAGGUUUUCAAUCGGUGCAGGGAGGGGCCUCUUUGGGAUGACAGAGUGUCUGGCCGAUCUGGCGGGAAAGCCAACCCAAAUAGGUGAUGAUGUACUUCCCUCUUCAUGCAUCAGCAGAUUAUGGCAGAUGAUGACGUGUUCAGGCAGCUCCACCUGUACUACACCCUCCACCUGUACUACACCCUCCACCUGUACUACACCCUCCACCUGUACUAAACCCUCCACCUGUUCCUCCACCUGUACUAAACCCUCCACCUGUUCCUCCACCUGUACUAAACCCUCCACCUGUACUAAACCCCCCACCUGUACUAAACCCUCCACCUGUACUACACCCUCCACCUGUACUAAACCCUCCACCUGUACUACACCCUCCACCUGUACUACACCCUCCACCUGUACUAAACCCUCCACCUGUUCCUCCACCUGUACUAAACCCUCCACCUGUUCUAAACCCUCCACCUGUACUACACCCUCCACCUGUACUACACCCUCCACCUGUACUACACCCUCCACCUGUACUAAACCCUCCACCUGUACUACACCCUCCACCUGUACUACACCCUCCACCUGUACUAAACCCUCCACCUGUUCCUCCACCUGUACUAAACCCUCCACCUGUACUACACCCUCCACCUGUUCUAAACCCUCCACCUGUACUAAACCCUCCACCUGUUCUAAACCCUCCACCUGUACUACACCCUCCACCUGUACUACACCCUCCACCUGUUCUAAACCCUCCACCUGUACUAAACCCUCCACCUGUACUACACCCUCCACCUGUACUACACCCUCCACCUGUACUAAACCCUCCACCUGUUCCUCCACCUGUACUAAACCCUCCACCUGUUCUAAACCCUCCACCUGUACUACACCCUCCACCUGUACUAAACCCUCCACCUGUUCCUCCACCUGUACUAAACCCUCCACCUGUACUACACCCUCCACCUGUACUAAACCCUCCACCUGUACUAAACCCUCCACCUGUACUAAACCCUCCACCUGUUCUAAACCCUCCACCUGUUCUAAACCCUCCACCUGUAGAGAACUGUUGUUGCUCUGA